AUGUUCAGGGCACAACAGAAUGCCUUUGACGAUGCUGUCGCCAAGGCGACCGACGAAAACCUGACGAGCGAGAAUUGGGAAUUUAUCCUGGAUGUCUGUGACAAAGUGGGCUCCGAUGAGGCAGGAGCAAAGAACGCCGUUGCCGCAAUGAUCAAGCGGCUUGCCCACCGCAACGCCAAUGUUCAGUUAUAUACCCUCGAAUUAGCGAAUGCGCUAUCGCAGAACUGCGGAAACAAGAUGCACAGAGAGCUUGCCUCGAGGAGCUUUACGGAUGCGAUGAUCAGGCUGGCUGGAGACAGGAACACACACCAGCAAGUCAAGACGAAGAUACUCGAAAGGAUGGCAGAAUGGACAGAGAUGUUCAAGAAGGAUCCCGAUCUGGGCAUCAUGGAGCAGGCAUAUAUGAGGCUGAAGACGCAAAAUCCCGAACUAAGGCCUCCUUCAAAACCACAGAAGACACAGAUCAGUGAGUCGGACCGCCAGAAAGAGGAAGAAGAGCUGCAAAUGGCGCUCGCUCUGUCGGUGAAGGACUCGGCCGCCGCUGCCAGCAAGGCGGGAACCAAGCCCAGUCCAGCCCAAACCACCUCGACUUCUGCUCCCACUGAAACUCCAUCGCAGCCUGUUCCGUCAGGGACCACAGCGGCUACAGUCUCACGUGUACGCGCGCUCUUCGACUUCCAGCCGUCUGAACCGGGAGAACUGCAAUUCCGCAAGGGUGAUGUCAUUGCCGUACUCGAAUCUGUAUACAAGGACUGGUGGAAGGGUUCACUCCGUGGCCAGAGCGGCAUCUUUCCCUUGAAUUACGUCGAGAAGCUGCAGGAUCCUACUCAGGAGGAGCUACAGCGAGAAGCACAGAUGGAGGGAGAGGUCUUUGCUCAAAUCAGGAACGUGGAAAAGCUGCUUGCACUCCUGAGCACGAGCUCGAGGGCCGAGGGCGAUGUAAGAGACAAUGAGGAAAUCACUGAGCUCUACCAUUCCACACUGGCAAUCAGGCCUAAGCUAAUUGAGCUCAUCGGGAAGUACUCACAAAAGAAAGACGACUUUACUCAGCUGAAUGAGAAGUUUAUCAAAGCACGCCGAGACUAUGAGUCGCUCCUCGAAGCUAGCAUGUCCCAUCCUCCGCAGCCUACAUACUCGCACACACAGCGACCAUACAGCUAUGCUCCCCCCUCUCAGCAGAACUAUCCUCAGUAUGGCCCUGGAGCUCCUGGUCCUCAGCGUUUCUAUUCCCCUGCACCUCCUGAGAAUUCAUAUCCUCCGCAAAAUGGACCAGCACCAUUCAUGAUGGUUCCUCCAGGCCAACAACCGCAACAGCGCCCAAGUCAAAGCCCGAAGCCGGCACCGGCGCACAUGUACCCGCCGCCCAAUGCGCUCCCAGGGGCCAGUGGUGGCCCUCCGCCGCAGCAACAUCACCAGGCACCUCCACCACAAGGCCCACAAUCUCAAAGACUGAACAGCGGACCUCCUGGUGGACAGCGUCCUCACUCCAUGGCUUUUCCUCCAGGUGGGGUGCCACAGGAACUAUCUACUGGGCAAUUCGACUCCCCCGUUGAAAACCGUCCAGGCGGUGCAUAUCCACCCCCGUCACAUGCACCACCAGGCCCACCUCAAGCACCGUACGAGAACUACGGGCAGCCGCCACCGCCGCAGCAGCAGCAACCGCAUCGUCAGGCUAGUUAUGAUUCUCCGACUAGUAUGUACAGCCAAGCGACCUUUGUUCAGCCCUCCGCACCAUCUCAGCCGAAUCAUCCACCACCCGCUAUCCCGGGAAGUCCAAACCUGCCACCAGCCGGAACAGGAGCAUAUCAAGCAUAUCAGCCACCUCCGCAGACUGCUCAAGGAGGGCACUGGGCCGGUGGGGACGAGGGAUUCUACCGAUGA